AUGUAUUUUCGUUAUAUUAACGAAGAACACCCCGGAAUUACUAUAGAGCAAAUCACUGGAAAGGCCACUGAACUUGAAGUAGAAAGUUGCGAGAAUAUUAGUAGUGUAAAGCGUAAAUUUCAAGAUAAAGAAGGUAUUGAACCAGAAAAUCAAAGGUUAAUCUUUAAAGAUAAACCACUUGAUGAUAAAAAGAUGUUAUCAGAAUAUAACAUUAAAAACGGAGAUACUCUUCAUUUGGUGGUCCGUCUUCGGGGUGGUUCCAAUUAA